CAGAGAGGAGAAACAACUCUGGGCGACACCUGCAAACAAACUCCCAACCGACUCUGUGUUUGUGAAGCUGAGACUGAGCAGUAAUGCGGAAUAAGGUCGUGAGAGGUGUUACUGAUUAUUAAGCGCAGAAGCAACAGCAGAGAAACUUUUUUUUUGGUUUUUUUUCGUGCGAGUUCCCGGACAGAUCGGCCCGAGAGCUGAGAGAGGCGACAGCAGGCAUCUGGUGGAUGGAGAGAAAAUGGAGGUGAACAGAAAAGAGGUGCCUCUUUAUGGACAAGUGGAGGACCAUGUAAGGUUACAAGAAACCAAUGCUCCUGAAGACGCAGAGUUUUAUGUCGUUGUACAAGGCUCAACGCUUACACAUGUGACGGGAGCAAAAAGAGGAGAUGAUGGGCUGACCCUCUGCUUCACAGUUCCCGGCCAUGCCCUUGCGGAAGUUGUCUCUGUCACAUCCUACUUUUGCGCAGAGGACCAAGUCAAGCCAUGCAAGGGGGAAGUAUCUCUUGAAUACCUCAGCGACGUUGCUCAGGAAGCUGCAGAGUACCUGAGUGCAAGCAGGGACCAGCUUGGCCCCCAGAGCUACCUAGAAGUCCUGAAUAGGUUCUCCACGUGGACGCAGGCUGCGGACGAGGAGCUCCCUACUGUAGGGUCAGACUGCGGUGAGAAGGAUGUGCGGCGCAGACAGAGUUCAGGUGAUGAAGCUGGUCUCAGGCAGCUGGAUGAGAAGAUCACGCAGGCCAUGGCCAACAUGGAUUACCCUCCGCAGUGGAAGAACAUUGACAGUCAGCCUAGAGAAGCAGCUGAGCUUCAGCCCAAAGAAACCCUCCUUCACCUCGCAGUGCGUUUGGGUUUGGUCCAUCUCUCCCGUUUCUUAAUUCACCAACCAAGAGGUCAAAGGGCAUUGACUUUACCCAAUCAGGAGGGGGACACACCCCUCCAGCUGGCUCAGAAGGAUGGACAGCAUGCCAUGUUCAGGGUGCUGGCAGCUCCUCCAGGUCCUGUAGUCGGCCCUGUUCCAGGUGUGUGGUGUGUGUGGUCCGACAACUCCUGCAUGCUCAGGUUUUGUCCCAGGACAGACUCUCUGACCCUGACUGUGCGGCAGACACCCGGCAGCUGCCCUCAGGAUGGCAUCACGAUCCUCCGAGACAGACUGGGAGACAAAAGCAUCCUCAAACUGAUCAAUGUGUUCAGAGCUGAUAGUGAGGUAGACAAGGGAAGCAAAGACGAAUUCCUUCCUAGUGAUGAAGGCAUUAGCAAGGAGCUCCGAGUGGAAGAGCAUGUGCUGGUGGACAAUGUUUUUGAAGAACAGCUUGUUCUGUCUUUGGAUGACGACGAUGAUGUUGAAGAGUACACAUCCUCAUUAUAUGUAAAUGGGCAUCCCGUGCAGUCCAGUGGAGUCCAGAGCCAGUUCACCCAGUGUGCUACAGACCCUCUGCUCUCCAUGAUCAACACCAGCAAUCAGACCAUCACACAGCAGACGCAGGCGGAAGAUGCCGACAUCCAGUACAGCGUCAGCGGAGUGACCAGGGAGAGCACAGGGACAGACAGCGGGUUAUGGGAUACAGUAGACUCAGAAGAUCUCUUGCUAGCAACCGACACUCCUCCACCCUAUCCUGAAGAUUUCUACUCUCCCUGUUCUCCCCCACUCUCACCUGCUGACCAGGCCCUCGCCAGGCUGAACCGUCCCGCCUCCUCUGAGACGACCACCCAGAGAGAAAGUCCACCCAUGGACAGCUGUGACCUCAGUCCCAGUCUAGUGGCUCUGGAAGUGGACAGUGAAGAGGACAGCACUGAGACAAAGUCUCCGCUUUCCCCGCUCUCUUCAGAUGUUGAGAAAAGUGAGGUCAAAAGGGAAAGCUGUCGUCCCUCCCCUGACCUCACUUGCACCCGCAGCCAAUCGGCCUCCUCAGCAUGUGAACCCACCACAAAAGAACUGGGUGACCCGGGGAUUCGACUGCGUUCGUAUUCCUACUCUUCCCCUAAAAUCAGCUUGCGUCCUGCUCGUUUUUCCCGGGACAACCACACUUCAGAUAUCAGCCAUGAUGCCGUGCUCCACAGUGUCAGCCACAGCCGAUCUCUCCUUCAGGCCCUCUCUCUGUCUAAAUCUCUGUCUCUGCUCCAACCUAGUAAGCAAAGAGCAUUCGGUAUAUCAGAGCAGUCGCAAGAAAAAAGGGAGAUUAGGUUCCGUAAGCGAGCCCAGUCUGCUGAUGAUGAGGGCAGCAUGGAGCUGGCAGAGUCCCUCCAGCAUCUCACCCUGUCUGAGUUCCUCAAAGAAAUUGAAGAGGAGGAGUUAGAUAAGUACAACAUCCCGACAAAGGUGGAGUCAGAGAAGUACAAAGUCAUUCGCACCUUCAGUUUUCUCAAGAGCCGGAUGUCCAGUACCCGCAACAAGACCAAGGCGAAGGGGAAGGACAGAGAGGCCAAGGAUAGGCAGCUGAAUGGACAUCGGUUUAACACAGGCUCCUGUUUAGGCCCCACCGUGUGCAUGGUGUGUGAGAAACCAGCAUCUGGAAAGGACCUGCUGCAUUGCUCAAGUUGCCCUGCUAUUGUCCAUAAGGGCUGUAAGGAAUCUGUUCCCCCAUGUCUGAAGAAACUUCAGGAUAAGUAUGCAGUUACUAUGGUGAAGAACAGGACAGCAUCCCUCCCACAGAAUUUCACAGUUAGAGACAAUCCUCAGUGUGUCAUCCCCAUCUCCACCUCUCUACCUGUCAUGGCCCCUAAGGAGAGAAAAGACACUGCAACCCAGUUGAGCCCCCUCUCUGGGAGUUUCGCGUACAGUGACAGUCGGCUCAGCGAGAGUUCCGAGACAGAGUCUGAUGCCUCCAAGGUGACCAGCCGAUCAGAAGAGCUCCUGCCGACUCCAGUGUCCUCCACCUCCACUGACUCAUCCUUUGGAGAAGACUGCGUGGAUGCUUAUAUCCACAGCGACAUGUCAGUUGAUGCUGUGGAUUACGAGGCUGAGUCAUGGAGUCUGACAGUAGAGCACAAGUUCUGCAAGAAGCAGGAUAAACGAGCUGUCAAGAGGCAGGAUGUUAUCUACGAGCUGAUGCAGACUGAGCUUCACCACUUACAGACGCUACACAUCAUGGCCGAGGUUUUCCGGCGAGGUAUGAAGGAGGAAGUGCAGCUGGAUACAGAAGCGGUGGAGCGGGUCUUCCCCUGUCUGGACCAGUUGCUCCUCUUCCACCACGCCUUCUUUGCCUCCAUGAAGGAGCGCCGACACAGCUCAGCACGGCCGCAGGGACACAGGAACUACCUCAUCCAGCAAAUCGGAGACGUUUUGCUCCAGCAGUUUUCAGAUGAGAACAGAGACAAAAUGAAGCAGGUAUAUGGAGAAUUCUGCAGUCGUCACAACGAAGCGGUCAGCUUUUUCAAAGAGCUCCAGCAGCAUAACAAGAGAUUUCAGAACUUCAUUAAGCAACAAGGUAAUAAUUCUUUGGUGAGACGGAGGGAGAUCCCAGAGUGCAUUUUGCUGGUAACCCAAAGGAUUACAAAGUACCCAGUGCUGCUGGAAAGGAUCCUACAAUAUACUCAAGAGGAAACAGAGGAGCACACCGACAUUUCCAAAGCACUGUCUCAGAUUCGAGAGGUGAUCACGGCCGUGGACCUGAGUGUCAGUGAGUACGAGCGGCAUCAGAGGUUACAGGAGGUGUGGAGCCGCAUGGAGAACCGCAGCGCAGCCAAGCUUAAGAACGGCAACACCUUCCGCAAGCAGGACAUGAUGGGGCCGGGACAAACGCUCAAACACCAGGGCCUGCUCCUGUGGAAGACUGCCACUGGUCGGCUCAAAGAUGUGCUGGCGCUCCUUCUCACAGAUGCACUCAUCUUCCUGCAAGAAAAAGACCAGAAGUAUACAUUUGCCACCGUGGAUCAGAAGCCUCCAGUCAUCGCCCUGCAGAAGUUAAUCGUGCGAGAAGUAGCAAAUGAGGAGAGAGGGAUGUUUUUGAUCAGCGCAUCAGCCGCCGGGCCAGAAAUGUAUGAGGUUCACUCAUCAUCCAAAGAGGAACGGAACACCUGGAUGAGGCUCAUUAGAGAGGCUGUAGAGAGCUGUCCGGAGGAAGAAGAAGAAUACACAAGUGAGUCUGAAGAGGAGAAACGAGCUGCUGAAGCUCGUAUUCAGAAGAUCAAUAAGUUCCAAGAGAGUCUAACGAGCCUGGACCAGCGGAUCUGCUCCAGCCUGGAAGAGAAGCUGCAGGUCUACACAGAGCUCUCUGCUCUGAGUGGGAGGACGGAUGCUUCGCUGGUUGAACCGCGACUGCUCGUCCAGCCGCACUCAGAGGAGCUGCCCCAGGCUGCCGUGUUGCUGGCUGCAGCUCUGCAAGAGGCUGAGAACCUGAAAGUCACACUGUCAUCCAAGGCCUGUUCUCCAUCGAGUCCCAGCCUGGACUCGGACACAGACUCUGUGUUUCCUGUCAGCCCUGCUACACUUGCACACUCUCCCUCAGACUUUGAGGCUUCACCCGAAAACCCUGAGACCAGUGAUGGGAGUUGGACAGAGGCCUUUGUGCUUCAGUCCCCAACUCUCUUGCAAACAGACCGGGAUGACAUCAACUUCAAGGUUGCUCAAAGUGUCCAAAGCCUGACUCAGUUACUCUACAGUCUGCAGGCUACAGUGACCAUCCAGGACAGCUGCUACGAGGUCCAGAGGCUCCUCCUCCAAGAGACUGGUCGGCCAUCCCCACGCGUGCAGCGACCGCACCUUCCAAGCAUCCGGGGAAACACCCUUCAAGAACAGGAAAAGCAGCGUAACCUGGAGAAGCGGAAGGAGGAGGUGGUGGCGGCUCAGCGUCUCCAGGACCGGCUGCGCCAAGAGAAGGAGCGCUGGGAGAGGGAGUGCCAGGCCAGGGAGAACCAGCAGGGGGAGCAGGAGAGUCGGCUGGAGGAGCGGGAGAGGCAGUGCCACCUGGAGGCGGAACGGCUGAGGCACGAGAGGGAAGAGUUGGAUGAGCAGCUGGAGGAGUACCAGCAGAGCCUGGAGCGUCUCAGAGAGGGCCAGAGGAAUGUGGAGAGGGAGCGCGAGCGGCUGGAGAACCAGCAAAAGCUGCUCCAGACCUGGAGGCAUGGCCGGCAGAGGAGUCUGCCCACUGUGAUUCCUCACAUGGUCAUCCCUCUAGAUGUGCAGCAGGACUCAGCACCAAGUCAGUCCAGAGACCACGCUGGUAAUGGCUCCGUGUUUGUGAAUGAGGCCGCGUUCGCCGGCACCAGCGUCAACAACCGCCACGUCCACCACAAAAGAAUCGACCCCAGCGCGCACAAUUGUCUUAACACCCUGCUGGCAAGAUCCAACAGCAGACAGAGCCCCAUAGCUAAGACUCCCCUCAGUCCACACUCAGAGUCCCAGGGAUGGGUGAUGGGGUCAGGAUACCUCUACAGCCCUGCAGGAAGGCUGGGACUGCAGCACGCGCCGAGUGAUCAUAACAGUUACAGCUACAAUGGAGAGACCUGGUCGUCGACAGCAAGCGGAGCUGACCCAUAUCCGAUGCUCCCGCAUCCCGGUGACCCUCAGCUGGAUCUCAGUGCGCUGGUUUCUAUGGAGACUGACAGCGGUGGGGAGGAGGGCGGCGAAGAAACCAUUGUGUACCUCUGAAUGUUGAUACAUUUCAGAAACUCUAAACAGCCAACCCAGCACUUAGAAAACGAUAAAGACAUUUAUGAAGCAUCAGGAUUGGAUCCAGGGUGGCUUCAGAAAGCCUUUCUCACUUUUACAUCUUUCAUCAUGUUUUUUUUUUUUAUAUUUGAAAGAUUGCUUUGUGGUGUUUUUUUGCAAAGUGUAAAGUUACUGGAAACAUAGAGAGAAUGAGAGAUAAAGAGACUGAGGUUGUUUCAGACUCAAUCUCACAUGUGUCAUGCACCUUAGCUCGAGGCACCACUGGGUGUUAAAUUUCUCUUUAUUUUCAGUUUUUUCUGUUUGUGUGGUCUUUAUUGACUGGGUCCCUGCAGCAACACAGUUAACCUUUCCACCUUCUUCUUACUGUCCCUCCCACACUGCCUUCCUUUCUCAGGUCCCACAUAUCUCGUCCCUUGAGCGCUCUAUUUAAUAAAUUUACCACAAGAGGAGAAAAAUCAGCCCAAUAUCAGCAGAACGUCAGGCUGCAUCUCUCUAGCGGGUGAUUGUCUUGGAGUAAACUGGCCCUCUUUCAUUUAUCAGACAGGCUUUGUUUAUGUACGAGCCGAAUGUGAAGCACAAAACAUUAGGAUUGAAAGAUGAGGUGCGACAGCGUCAGUCCCACGUUUUUCAGACUCACUGCCUGUAGCCAUCAUUUAUUUCUUUUUAUCUGUAGCAUGUUUUUCUUGUUAGGAGACACAAGCCCGUGUGGUUUUGAGAGAGUUGUUGCAGCUGUGCUAAUAUGUCAUGCUAAUAUGUUUUAUCAGAGUGCACAAAUUGAACCCGUAAAAGACUGAGAAAACACGUUCUGAGCACAACUCCUCCUGCAAAAAGGGAAAGGAAGUUUUGGUGCGGGAAUAUGAAAAGGAAAACAUGUUGGGUCAAACCAUUUUUUAGCACCAAUGUAUUAUUUUGCAGCAAUUUUCAUGACAAAUGUCGGACUACAUUUUUGUUUUUGUUUUCUUUCACUCCGUCAUUUCUACCCACACUAGCAGCAUGGCUCUAGGGAAGGAAACACAGUCCAACAGUUUGGUCCGGACUGAAAUAUUUCAAAAACUGUUGGACGGCCAUGAAAUUUUAACAUUCAUGGGUAUAAAUCAAUAUUUUCGUGAUACUAUGACUUUUCCUCUAGUGCCACCAUUAGACAGUGUGGGUUUUUUUUGGAUGGAUUGUCAUGAAAUUUGUCAUGGCGUAUCCCCCUCAGGUUAAAUUAUAAUUAUGUUGGUUAUCCCUUUACUUUUCAUCUAGCACCACCAUCAGGUCAAAAUUUCAAUUUGUUCAGUGCUUUGGUUUAUGAUCAAAAGCACCUAAAAAAAACUAAUGACAUUCCCAUCAGCCCCGGCUACUUUGUGCUUAGUUUUAAUUAGCAAACGUUAGCAUGCUAACACUCCAAACUAAGCUUGUGAGCAUGUUAAACAUUAUGCAUGCUUAACAUCAGCAUCGUUAUUGUUAGCAUGCUGAGAUUAGCAUUCAGCUCAAAGCACUGUGCCUUAGUAUAGCCUCACAGAGCCGCUGUAAACAGUGGAAGAUAUUGUCCUGAAAAUUUGUCACAACCAUCCAGAACAAUAUGAAGAUGCCUUAUUGAUACUGUCAUGCUUAACACUAAACUAUUACACUUGAAUAUUCAUGUAGUAUAUUUACAUAUUAUCUCUCAUGGGCAUUUUAUGUGUAACGAGGUCCCUGUGCCAAUGCUUUAGGUGUCUUUAGGUGUUUUUUUACAGACGCUAUAAAAGAUUGGUUUAAUAACUGUUGUAGUUUCCUAAUGGGACAAUAAGGCAGUGGCAGUAUUUUGAUGUGAUCAUACCAUGUAUAUAUGUUUGCUUUUAUUUAUUUAUUACAUUACAAAGAGUUUUCAUGUUUUACAGUGCUUUAUGAAGGGUUGUAUUGUACAUAGUUUACCUGCAUGAACAGAUGUGUAUUCGUUCGUUCGUGUUGUGUGCUCAGACGUGGCUGUAUUGAUAAAAUUACUUUAAUUGAACUUGAAACAGUGCUUUGUUUUUCUUUAGGAUUUUAAAUGGGGCUCGGUGAAACUGCUUACAACACAAACACAAUGUUCAGCCUGGGUACAAGUAUCACCUCAGUUUAAUGGUCUGAAUGUGAAGCGUCUCCAACAGCGUAAACAGAUGUGUGAGCGAGCAGCCUGUUCAGUUGCCAGCAGUGACAGGUGGUAGACCAGGUGCAUGAAUGUCAAUGAUUUCCUGUCUGACUGUACCU